UCCUGCCUAUCGAUAUCUUACAAGCUUCCGGCUUCCUAGCCUUUUACAUCACUAACGUCAACUAGACCCAACAAAUUAUCUGCACUUUUUUGGAAAAGUUUUCCCAAAACCCAACUAAAAAAACCCAGCGAUGGCCGAAUGGCAGAGAGGAAUGUUUCUUAUAUCUGACUUUUCAGUCCGUGGAGCUUGCAAACGAUGGGUGGAUAGGAUGAAGCUAAAGAAACGUCUCCGUUGGAUUGUUUUGUCCAAGACUGGGAGUAACAAGAAGUGGAUACCCCGCGACCAGGAGCCCCAAAUCCAACACAGCCUCAUGUGGUUUUGGCUGGUGCUCUUCGUCGGCCUGGGAGUGUGUUGCCUGCGCUACACGAACACCAGAGAUCUACGAAAAGAGGACAGCUACUGCGAUCGUUCUCAUCGGCUGGGGGACAUGGUGACACAUGUCCGUCGUCAGGUUCUGUACCAGGAGGAGGCCCUAGAUCAGCUAGAGCAAGCCCUUGAUAAUAGCUCCUAUCGGAACAUCGCCUUGGUUGGUUUCUCUGACGUGGGCAAAAGCCACACUGCCCGAUCGCUCCGCGAGAACUUUCCGUGGCCCGAAAAUGUGAAGACUCUCUCCUGGCGGGAAACUCCCUCCCUGCUGCGUGUCCAGAGCAUGCUAAAGAACAUCCUCCUCUGCGGACAGAAUCUCAUCCUGAUCGACGACCUGACUCCGCUAGAUGGUAGCUUGGUGUCGAUCAUCAAUGAGCUGAUCCGUGGACGAAAGGAGAUCGCCAAGGGUUCAAAUAAAUCUGAUCCAGAUCUCAAGCAGUUGACCUCAAUCUUUAUGUUCACCUUGGAUCGCCAGCUGCCGGAGGAGAUUGUCCAGGCGGAAAUUGAGGCUCUCAAGCAGCUGCCUGAAUCCCAUGUGAUCAUCUAUGCUGCUCUGGAACCAAGUCACCUUAAGGAAUGCAAGGAUCUAGACGUUCCUGAGAAAAUGCAGCAGGAUAUGAGAGUCAAGUGGCUGUGAGUCCAGGAGAAAGCCUAUUUCCAAUAUCCUUUACUAAAGUUGGCAGAGCUAGAAAGAGGCUAGAAAGAUCCUAAAAUUAUAUGUAAUAUUUAUAAAUUUUAAUGACAGAAAUUUACUAUAUAAAAAUAAUAAA